AUGGCAUGUGGGAUCGCUGGCUCAUACUUCUUUGCGCCCACCGCUCUCGCUAGCUACACGCAUCUCUUUUGCACCACGCGGGUGAUGCGUCAUCCCGGAAAGAUUAUUAUUCCUAGGCUGCCAGGUGGGCGGCCGACGCAUGUCGAGGGCGCCGCACCUUCGGGACUUCCCUCACCCUCGUCUUUUACAGCGGCAUCUCCCUACCGCAACGAGUAUCGUGAAAGCAAACGUCUGAAUUUGGGGGUGGCGCAGUUUUUGGACACGGAGGCUGCCGAUACGCUGCGACGACAGCAACAGCUCCAUCAGUUUCGCACGGCGACGGAGGAGGCGUUGACCAAAGUGUGGCGUGACUCGAAAAGCCACCUGCGACGCCAGGAGAAUCUCGUGAAGGAGAUUGGGGUGGAGGGGGCCGUGAAGGAAAUUCUGCAGCCCACACGGACGUCGUUUCGGCAAGAACUUCGCCAGCGGCCCUUGGAUCGCGGCAUUCUCGAGGAAAUUUACAAGGGACUCCACGGAAGACGCAUCGAGAGGCGACUCAAAAAAGGGGUGUCAUGGGAGCAUUGGAUCACGAAGGGCGACGGCACCGCACCCAUCUUUACUGCCUCGCAUAAGGCGCAGCAAACCUUUGCGUUUGGUGGUGCAGUUCGGCUUGAGGCUAAGGCAACACACAUCAAACAAUUUCCCGUUCUUCUCGCAUCUGGAAAGCGAGCUGUUGGUGGUGGUGAUGGCGGUCCCACCAGUCGUAGCGACAGCAUUGAGUCGGGCGAGACGCAGCGGUGUGUGCCGGAGGUUGCCUUUGUGGGAAGAACAUCCAGCGGCAAGUCCUCUCUCAUCAACGCCAUCUUGAAUGCAUUGAUCGCUCCAUAUGGUCAUCUGCAAGGCACGACGAGUUCUGUGAACUUCUAUAAUGUUGCCAAUAAGGUGAUGCUUGUGGACUGCCCUGGUUACGGGUACUACAACCCAAUGGAGACCCCUGCUCUGGACGCGGAGAACGCUGUCGCCGUCAUGCGUGCAUACAUCAAGACAUGUGCUCAGCAUUCUACCGAGAAGAAGAGGAAUAGUGAGGGGACGAAAACAAAUGGGGAUGUAGGGCACCGUGCAUCUUAUUCGAAACGUCCUAUCAAACGCGUUUUUGUGUGCGUUCCGUCGCGUGGGGUUCAGAAAGCCGACACGGAAUAUUUGGAUUAUCUUGAGAGUUUGGCUGUGCCCUUUUCUGUUGUUCUUACAAAAACGGAUGCCGCACCUAUUCGUUUUCUUGCACGACUCGCAGAUCACACCCGAUGCCAGCUGGUUCACUACAAACACUGCAAGGAGCUUAUGCUUACGAGUUCUUUACGUCUGGCGGGCAUCGAUAAGGUACAAAACUUGAUUGGCAGCAUGGCCCUUGGCGAAGACAGGCUUCAUGGUGCAACGGCAGACUUCAGCUCCAUUGUAUGA